AUGGCCCUUCUUCAUCUUCCCCAAGCUGCUUCUCUCACUAACAUGCUUCCUCUGAAUAUAAGACCCUCUUGUGUUGCAUCCAUAUCCAAAAGCUUCAAUCCUCCUUCCCUCACAGUCGAAUGCAAAGCCUCAUCAUCAGUUAGGGUUUCUGAUCAGACUCAACAAGUUUCUCGUCGAUCUGGAGACUUCCAGCCUGACGUUUGGCGCUACGAUUAUAUUCAGUCACUGAAUAAUAAUUAUGCGGAACAAGCAUACAAAGAAGAUAGCAGAAUGCUUGGGGAAGAAGUAAGGAUACUGCUUUCAGAAACGAUGAGUCGUGUGGAUCAACUUGUGCUUAUAGAUACUUUACAAAGGCUUGGACUAGGUUAUCAUUUUAAGGGUGAGAUAAAAAAGAUACUGGAAAAUACUUAUAAUGUGGACAAGUUCAAGAACAAGCUGAAUCUGCAUGCCACAGCACUUGAGUUUCGACUCUUAAGACAACAUGGCUAUGAUGUAUCCACAGAUGUGUUUGGAAGCUUCAAAGUUAAAACGGGUCAUGAUUUUCAAAGGUCUCUCUCAAAGGAUAUCAAGGGAAUGCUUUCAUUAUAUGAAGCCUCGUUUCAUUUAAUGGAAAAUGAAACGAUUCUGGAAAAGGCUACAAAUUUCACCUCAAAAUCUCUGAAAGAUUUUGUGAGAAACAACACAGAACAUGAACUGACAUGCCAAGUGAAACAUGCUUUGGAGCUUCCAUUACAUUGGAGGCUUCCAAGAUGGGAGGCUCGUUGGUUCAUUGGUGAAUAUGAAAGAAUGCCUAAUAUGAAUCCAACCAUACUUCAGCUUGCCAAAUUGGAUUAUAACAUGGCUCAAGCCAUGUAUCAGGAGGAAGUGAAGUCUAAUAUAAGAUGGUGGCAAAGAACUGACCUGGAAAACAAGAUCAAUUUCUUUAGGUGCAGAGUGGUGGACAACUAUGUUUGGGGCUUAGGAAUGAAGGAUGGACCAGAUUUUGAAAAGUUAAGAAGAGUCAUUGGGAAUCUUUGUGCCAUAAUAACCUUAACAGACGAUAUGUAUGAUGUUCAUGGUACUUUGGAAGAGUUAGAGAUCUUCACAGAAACUAUUGCCAGGUGGGAUGCAAAUGACUUAGAUGGCCUCGCAGAUUACAUGAAAGUGGCAUUUUUUGCAAUUUAUAACUUUGUGGAUGAACUUACUUCUGACAUUCAGAAAGAGAAAGGCCAUAACGUCCAUUCAUAUCUUAAAAAAGGGUGGCAAGAUUUCUGUAAGGCAUUCAUGGUUGAGGCAAGAUGGUACCACGGUGGGAAAACGCCGAGCCUGAAAGAAUAUUUGGAAAAUGGAUGGGUUUCAAUUGGAGGACCUCUUUUACAUCUCCAUGCUUAUGUUUUGAUGCCAAAUAAUCCCAUAAGAGACCUCGACUUGGACUUAAUUUCCUUACACGACCAACAUUCAAAUCUACUUCACGUAUCAGGACUUAAUUUCCGCCUUCUUAAUGACCUUGGAACAUUUAAGCGUGAGCAAAAGACAGGUGACGUACCGUCCUCAAUUCAGUGCUACAUGAAUGAUAGUGGAGUUUCAGAAGAAGAAGCCAUAGAACACAUAAAGUGUUUGGUGCAUGAAACAUGGAAGAAGAUGAAUGAACAAGUUGCCACAUCGUCAUUGUCUCGUGAUUUCAACGUUACCGCUUGGGAGCUUUCUAGAACUGCAACGUUCUUUUACUAUUAUGGAGAUGAUACCUACACUCUUCAGGAUUCUACGUUCAAGGAUCGUGUUCAUUCCUUGCUUUUUGAACCCAUAUGA